UUUUCGAGGCAUUGGAAAAAGUUAACUUGAGAAGUUUACCGGCUUAUGUGCCUAUCCUCCAUGCAGCUCGUAAAAUGGUGUUGUCUUCCACGCCUACGCAGGAUGGACAAUGCGUUUUGGAAGCUUAGAUGGGCUGCCCAUAGAUAAAAUCUCAGAUAAGCCGACCCCGCCACCUGAUUACCUUGACGGAUGAAGCACUCGACUUCUAAAAUAAUAUCUAGGUAAGAGGCGAUGAAUGAGCCAAGAGUGGAACCCCGAUGACUUGGAAGAACAUAAUCCAUAACACCGUCGCGAUAUUUACAUUCUAGCUGCGGAGUUCUCCGCCAACUUUCGGUCUAUGAUAUUCGUAGAACUGGAUGAGGGGUUUUGGAGAAAUCACGUUAGUUUCCAAGGGCCUCCUCACCGGCUUGUAGAACAGCAAGAAUUUUUGCGACUAAAAGCUAUUGGAAUUUACCAGUAAGGCCGAGGCUAUAACUGUUGUAGCUAGUGCCAAAGUAACACCCCACGCAUCUCCAGUCUCUCCCCUGAUCCUCCCCUGACCCCAAGCCCGGUUUCUCCGCAAAUCUCCACACGAACUCCAAGUUCCGGGCCUGCUGAUGUGAAUGCAAUUUCGUAGUGGGGAAACGCUACGGGUGAAGUCUAGAUACGAAUGCAAGACCGAACGCAUUUCGAUGCAGCAGUCUAUAAGUAGAAGGCUACCACACGAUGUGACCAUGAACUGCGAUGAUCCUGAGCGUGUCUUCCCAACAGCUUCGUACACAACAGCCCAAGACAAGAUGAAGCUUUCCCCAGCUGUUCUAGCGGGGUCCCUCGUGGCCAGACAGGAGAUUGACUACAACUCGGCUCCGCCGAACUUAUCGACCCUUGCCAACUCAAGUCUCUUUGAGACAUGGCGGCCGAAAGCCCACGUUCUCCCGCCUUCUGGCCAGAUCGGCGAUCCGUGUAUGCACUACACGGACCCGAACACAGGACUCUUCCACGUCGGCUUUUUAUAUAAUGGCAAUGGUGCUGCGGGUGCAACAACAGAUGAUCUCGUCACAUAUAAGGACAUCAACGCAGAUGGAGCGCAAUUCAUUGUGCCGGGCGGGAAUAAUGAUCCCGUCGCAGUAUUCGAUGGAUCGGUUAUUCCUAGUGGUAUCAACGGUACCCCUACCCUCCUCUAUACGUCUGUCUCCUACCUGCCAAUUCAGUGGACCAUUGCAUACACUAGAGGAAGCGAAACGCAGUCUCUUGCGGUAUCAACCGACGGCGGCCAUAACUUCACCAAGCUCGAGCAAGGACCGGUCAUCCCAUCACCUCCCUUCGCAGUCAAUGUGACGGGCUUCCGCGACCCUUACGUGUUCCAGAACGGCAAGCUUGACACCUACCUUAAGAGCGCCCCGGGUACAUGGUACGCCGUCAUCUCCGGAGGCGUCCACGGCGAAGGCCCCAGCCAAUUCCUCUACCGUCAGCACGACCCCGACUUCCAAUACUGGGAGGAACUAGGCCAAUGGUGGCACGAGCCAGCCAACUCGACCUGGGGCAACGGCGACUGGGCCGGCCGGUGGGGCUACAACUUCGAAGUCGGCAACAUUUUUAGCUUGGACGAGCAAGGCUACAAUGCGAACGGCGACGUAUUCGCCACUUUGGGCGCGGAAUGGUCGUUGGAUCCCAUCGUGCCGCAAGUAUCGGAUUUCCGCGAGAUGUUAUGGGCUGCUGGAAACGUCUCUCCCACCUGCGGCGGCAAAAAGGUCAAGUUCACGCCCAACAUGGCCGGCAAGCUCGACUGGGGACACUCUGCUUACGCUGCUGCCGGAAAAGUGCUGCCCGCUAGCUCCCAAGCCUCGCAGAAGAGCGGCGCUCCUGAUCGUUUCAUCUCUUAUGUGUGGUUGACCGGAGACUACUACGGUACUCUCGAUUUCCCGACGGAACAGCAGAAUUGGACCGGCGCGCUCUUGCUCCCGCGCGAGUUGAGCAUUGGGAAGAUUAACAAUGUCGUCGACAACGAGCUUGCGCGCGAGACUGGAUCGUGGCGCGUUAAGAGCAACCACUCCGGCAUAUUGACGUUAGAGACCCUCAAGCAGGAGAUAUCGCGCGAAGCGCUCGCCAAGCUUACCAGCGGCACUCCGUUCACCGAGCCCGGCCGGACGUUGAACUCGCCAGGCGCCGCCACAUUCCAGACCGUGCCCUCGAACAAAUUCCACGUCAUCACCGCAACCCUUUCUUUCCCUCAAGCGAGCCGGGGUAGCGACUUGAAGGCCGGUUUCCAGAUCUUGUCAUCCGAGCACGAGAGCACGACGAUCUACUACCAGUUCUCCAACGAAACCGUCAUGAUCGACCGCACGAACACGAGCGCCGCGGCCCUUACCACGGAUGGUAUCGACUCUCGUAACGAGUACGGUCGACUGCGUUUAUUCGACAUUGUUGAGGGCGAGCAUAAGGUGGUCGAAACUCUUAACUUGACCAUCGUGGUGGACAACUCUGUCGUUGAGGUCCAUGCCAAUGGACGAUUUGCCAUUUCUACCUGGGCUCGAUCAUGGUAUGAAUCUUCGAGGGAAAUCCGCUUUUUCCAAGACGGCAGCGGCGAAGUAACGUUCGGAAAUGUGACGGUGUACGAGGGGCUGUAUGAUGCCUGGCCGGAUCGGAGCUAAUGAGUGAUGAAAGCACUAUAUGAUAUCUAAUAGAUAAUCUUGAAUACGAGUAAUGCAUAAUUCACCUAGCCAUUGACGCAGUUUCCCGUUUGCUGAUUUACUCACGAUUGAAGCGGCAAGACCUUUGUUCCAAUGGAGACGUGUAGUGACUGCAAGUUCGCCUACCUCUGCCUAUGCUCGGGAUAGUAGAGUUCACCGGAUUAAGACCUAUCGGGGGAAUAAGGGCUGCCGAAUUGGUAGAGGGCCUGGAUUAUGCAAUCCCAAUUGAGGCAAACGCGGAGUUAAUGACACUGGACAUAGAAAGAAGGAGUUUAGAGCUCGAAGCUCAAUGAAACUCGUAGACAUGCUUAACGGACAGCUGUCAAGUCACGGGCGGAGAUAACCUCCUCGCGGCA